UCCCGCCACGGUCUGCACAAUGCCCACCGCGGGUUGAUCGGAUCCACCGACGACGCGGCGCUGGCGCACCGGUCGCUGCAGAGCCCGUCGGCGGGCGGACUCGGACUCGGCUCCUACUCAAAGAUGAAGCUGCCGUGCAGCUGCACCGAGAAGGACUGCCCCCACAUGGACGACGCCAGCAAGAUCUACAUGUCCAUCGCGGACGCCAUCGAGAUCCUCGACUCCAACACCAGCUCCAAGUUGUCGCCGAUCUCCGUGUCGAGCUCCCCCGUGUCCCCGGACGACACCAUCGGCAGCACGUGGCUGGGCGCGGGCGACUACGACCCGUUCGUCAAGAUGCAGGCGUUCGGCAGCGAUGACCUCGUCCCUCUCGACUCUACAGCCAGCGACUCGGACGAAUACCCGACGCUCGAGGACUGCGCCAGCGAGCUGCUGGAACUGCUCUUCUGAUCGCUGCUCUGAUCUAAUACCUACCGCCAGCGCGUGUAGCCGUAAGGAAGUGCACGCGCGAACGACCAACCAACCAACCCCCUAUGUAUUCAAGCUAUACUACGACUGCGUGCUAGCUUCCUGUACCAAUGAAAUACAGCAUCUACCAAUGAGUU